AUGGAACCCUCAAGCGCAAACACGGGCUUCAUCCAACAACAGCCCAUUAUCAAAAACCAGUUCCACGAAGAUUCUACCUCCCCCCCUUCCCUCCUUUCCUCCAGCACCCCCUCCCUCUCCUCCCUCGGCUCCGCCGUCCUCGCCCCCGAAAUCUUCCACUGGAUAACCGACUCCGAGCGCAACACCCCCUACCUGCGCGGGUCCGGGCGUGACGCAUUCGGCCGUCCCUCUUCCAAACAGGAACUCAUCGUCUCCGAAGGCUGGCGCAAACUUCAAGAAUUCGGCUUCGAGCAAGGCGUCGUAGCGAUCAACUACGACCCUACCUUCUCCGCCCAAAACGGCCCCUAUUCGCGAUUGGUGCAGUUUUUGAGGUGUCACCUCUGGGAAGCGUCGUGUGCGAAUACCCUGUGUCCGGCGGCGAUGCAGGAUGGUGCUGCGCGGUUGUUGCAACGCCACCUGACGACGCCGGAGUUGGUGGGGAGGUUGAGUGAGGAGGAAAAAAGGGUUUUUGGGAAUGCGUAUGACCAUCUUACCUCGAGGGAUAAGGCGUAUGCGUGGACGAGUGGACAGUGGAUGACUGAGCGGACUGGUGGCUCCGACGUUUCCCAAACCGAAACCGUCGCUGUCUAUGACCCCUUCCCUUCUUCUGCUGGUCCUGACGCAAAAGAAGAAGUGCCGUUGGCAUUGGCAUCAAAAGAGGAAUCCAUCCCCCUAGGUCCCUGGUCAAUCUCAGGCUUUAAAUGGUUUUCUUCAGCGACCGAUAGCCAAAUGACCAUAUUACUGGCCAAGACGCGCCCCGGGAUGGGGGUGUCGGCGUUCAUGGCGCCUAUGCGACGAUAUAACCCGGAGCUGGUUUCGGUGACGGGAGAAAAGGGAGGAGAGGAGUUGAAUGGUAUCACCAUCUCCAGACUCAAAAAUAAGUUUGGAACGGUGGGAUUGCCGACUGCGGAGCUGGAGCUGAAGGGGAUGAGGGGGUGGAUGAUUGGAAAGGAAGGGGAGGGGAUUAAGGAGAUUUCGACGAUACUGAAUAUCACAAGGGUGCACACGACUGUCAGCUCGAUGGGGUAUUUGGGACGCGGGAUUGGUGUGGCGAAAGCGUACGCCUUGGUCAGAGAAGCGGGCGUUGGGAAGGGAAGGAGACUACCGCUUUAUAAACACCCGCUACACAUGCGCACUUUGGCCGGCCUCACGUCGGAGUAUCACGGCCUGAUGCUGUUGACUUUCUAUACCCUUUAUAUCUUGGGUCUCGACGAACACCCCUCCUCUUCCUCGUCCCCCUCCCAAAUCAGCUCCCCUUCCUCCGCAUCUCCCCCAUCCCCCCUCCAUCCAUUAACCCCCCCUCCCCAAUUAGUAUCCUCCCUCCUCCGCACCCUCUCCUCCCUCCACAAGUCUUUCAUCUGCCACACCAGCGUGCCCCUCUCCUUCGGCUGCAUGGAAUCCCUCGGCGGCGUCGGCUACCUAGUAAACUCCGAGUCCGAACACCUGAACCUGUCUCGCAUUUUCCGGGACGCCUGCGUGGGCGCAAUCUGGGAAGGGACGACGGAUGUGUUGGCUAGUGAUACUGUUAGGGCGCUGAAACAUCCUAUGAUAGGAAAAGAGGGGGUGGAGGCUUUGGAGUGGUUUGUUGGGACUGGAUUGGGACUGGCAGGUGGUGGUAAAAGGGGAGAGGUGGAGAGGGUGAGGAAAGUUUGGGAAGGACUGAAGAGGAAACUGGAAAGGGGAAGGCAGGAGGAGUUAUUGCCUGAGGCUAGGGGGGUUGAUACAUAA